AUGAUGAUGACGUGCCGUCUGCUGUGCGCCCUGUUGGUGCUUGCCCUGUGCUGCUGCCCGUCCGUGUGCGCGUCAGAGACUCAGUUGGAGGAUACUGGAGCUCAUGGUGAAGGAAGAAGCGACAUACCGCCGCCUUCUCCACCACAGCCACCAACUGCCAAGCCGGUUGAUGCUAUUGUAAGCGCCCCCAUUCUACACCCCCGUGCAACAGGAUUACAACCGGGCCCCGGUCAUUCAGAUCUUCCAACAGCGGGGCCCGUUGCAAAGCCGGGAAAUGAUGGCGUAGAGGGAACAGGAUCUGCCAGUACCGCAGGUCAGGGACCAAAAGUAAAUACCGAGCCAAAUAAAUCACUGACAGAGGAUACGAAAGAGCAACAAAGUCGCACUGAACCAUCAACAGAACAAAGAAAUAAGGUGUCUGAAACUUCUGCUCAGACAACCACUACUACCACCACAACAAAACCACCAACCACGACCACCACCACCACUGCGCCAGAGGCACCAAGUACUACGACUACAGAGGCGCCAACUGUGUCGACCACCCGCGCACCGUCACGUCCUCGCGAAAUCGACGGCAGCCUCAGCAGCUCUGCGUGGGUGUGUGCCCCGCUGCUGCUCGCCGCAUCCGCGCUGGCGUACACCACUGUGGGCUGA